AUGUUACGGUUCUUGAUUUUGUUUUUUAUCUGUUUUUCUUACGGCAAGACUCAACAUAAUUCCGAUGUGAUCGGUUGUGGUGGUUUUAUCAAAUCUGAAACGGAUAUAAAUUACAAAGUUGUCCGAGUGCAACUGAUUACCAAAGAUGGCAUUCCAAUUUACACAACAGAGGCUGCACCAAUCAAUGGAUAUUAUAUGAUCCCGGUGUAUGAACGUGGAGAAUAUAUUCUUAAACUUCUUCCUCCGUCAGGAUGGAGUUUUGAACCGUCGCAAAUUGAGUUGAAUAUCGACGGAGAAACAGACCCGUGCACACAAAAUCAUGAUUUGAACUUUGUGUUUAAAGGUUUCGGUUUAGCUGGACGCGUCAUCAGUGCAGGUAGUGCGAGUAAUAUGGGUGGUGGACCAGCUGGUGUGACUUUGACCUUAUAUCAAGAUAAUAAGAAAUUGAAUGAAACAAAAUCGAAAGCUGAUGGAACUUUUGAAUUCUUUGAUGUUUUACCUGGUCAAUAUACGGUCAAAGGUGAUCAUGAUCAUUGGAAAUUUUUAACGGGAGCUGUGCUUCAUCAAGCAUCACCAUUGAUAUCGAUAGAUGUUUUACUUUUUCGUUCUUCAUCAAGUGACAAUCUUCCAGCACCAACAUGUUCCAAUGAUGGUCCAUUAAAUAAGAACGAACUUAAUCUUUUACCACCUACAGUCAAUCCACAAAAUUUCGUUUGUCGUACACGCACGAAUGUCAAAGGAGAAUAUAUAUUCGAUGAUGUACCUAUUGGCCUUUACAUAGUCUUACCCAUCUAUUCAACACCAUCACUAGAUAUUGUGUUUAUCCCUGAUCAAAAAGCGAUUACAAUUACACAUAAAGAUUUUUCCGUCGAAACGCCGUUCGAAACCGGAACAAUUUCCUUUCAUGGUCGUGUUGUUAAAUCAACUAAAACCGAUAAGUUAAUUCCGUUGGCCAAUGCUCAAAUCUCUAUCGAUGGUAAACCGUGUUGCCAAACCGAUGCGAACGGUUUGUUUAAAUUGAAACAUAUUCGUCCAAGUGGAACAAUCAAAAUCAAAAGCGACUUAGAUGGAUAUACAUUCAAAGAAAUUACACAUACGAUCAAUUUGAAUCGUUUGAUCGGAAUCGGUGACACUUCAACACCACUUGUUCUUUCGCCGGAAAAGGUUCGUGUUACUGGCCGUGUUCAAUGUUCAUCAACACGAAAACAAACAAUUCGAUAUACAGAUGCCGAGAAAAAACUCGUUCAGCGUUUCGAAGUCGAACCAAAUACUGAAUAUUCGAUCUAUAUUCCGCCUGGAAUCUACACAUUUUCCCCUGAAUUAUCUGAUGUUGAUGUUCGUUCCGGAGUUCAUUUAACUCCUGAGGUGAUCGAUGUUGAUGUUUCACAUGGUUCUCCAAUCGAUCAAAUCAAUUUUUCUCAACUAAAAGCGAAAUUAAACGGUGUUAUUCAUUGUAUUGAUGAUUGUCAAAAUGAUCUCUCUCAAUUGGAAUUAACAUCCCGAUCUGGUGUUAUGACUAAAAUUGAUUUAAUUAAAAAUCCGAGCAAAACAAAUGAAAUUCAUUUCGAACAAGAUAAUCUUCUUCCAGGAAAAUAUUCAGUUUCGUUGAUUAAGUCCAAACAAACGGAUAAAUAUUGUUGGAAAGAAUCUCAACUCGAUGUCGAUCUCUCCAAUGCAAAUAAAACAAUUCGAUUCGAACAAAUUGGUUUCAAACUUCGUAUUCAUCUCCAAACGACGAAUAAAGUUACUUUAAAAAUCAACCAAGUCAAAGAGAAUUUCUAUACAAAUACAAUUGAUCUAUUGUCAGGAUUGAAUGAAGUUUGUUUGCCGAAUCAUGGCGUUUAUGAAUUAAUUCCAUCGAGUUGUAUGAAAUUCGAAAAAGAGAAAUAUUCUUAUGAUACAUCGAAAGCUUCGUCUCUCACGCCUAUUGAAUUGAUUCCGAGUGAAUAUCAAGUGUUCGUAUCGAUUCAAUCGGACAAUGAUGAUCAAAGUACAACAACAUUUCCCGUUCUUAUCAGAAAUUCGAAACAAAAUAGUGAAGUGACACUUGAUUUACAAAAAGAGAAAAAUAAAUGGAGUGGAUCAUUUUGGGCAAAAAAUGGUGAACAAUUUGCAAUCUUUCCUCAAUCUGAAGUUUGGUUAUUUGAACCUGAUCAUCAAAUAAUUGCCAUUUCUUCGGAUAAUUGUCAAGCUAAUCAAGUCAAAUUUGUCGCGCGCCGUGGAUUAUUCAUUAGUGGUUCAACAGAUCCAGUGGUUCCCGAUGCAAAUGUCUCUUUAUAUACAAUUGCAACAGAUAAAACAAAAACUGAUCAAACAAUUGAUAUCGAUGGUCAACCAAUGAAUCUUCUUUUAUCCACUUGGACAAAAUCGGAUGGUACUUAUACAUUUGGUCCAUUAUCAAAUGAUCCAUCGUAUCAUGUUGUUAUUCAAAAAACAGGCCAUGUCUUUACACGAAAAUCUGCAUCAUCAGCAUAUGAUUUCAAAACAGAAAAAUUAGCUUCGAUUCUUGCUCAAAUCAAAGAUGUUGACGGUGUUUUUCUAUUGUUGACAUCAUCAACGAACAAUAUGCGUCGACGAACGGCAACAACGGAUAGUACUGGUGAAGUUUUGUUCAGCGAUUUACAAUCAGGAAAAUAUUAUUUACGUCCACAAUUACGAGAAUAUAGAUUUCAUCCGGAAGAUGCCCAUAUUGAUUUAGCAUCCGGUGCUGAAGUAACAGCUAAAUUUGAAGUUGAACGAGUGGCGUUUAGUUGUUACGGACAAGUCACAUCACUGAACAACGAGCCAGAAACUGGUUUAAUUAUUGACGCCAUCGGAAUUGAACAAUGUAUAAGUGCCACAAGAGAAUCAGCAAAAACCGAUAUGAACGGACAAUUUCGUUUACGAGCUCUCCAACCCGGCUGUCGUUACCAACUUCAAUACCGUGCAAAUCCAAGUGAACCAACUCAAAUAGACGUUUUACAAAUUGAACCAAGAAAUAAAAUCAUCGAAAUUGUUGACAAUGAUGUUCAACACAUCCAUUUAUACACCAUUAAACGACCAUCAGAUGUCGAUAUUAAUGUGUUUAUUCAAACCCAAACACAAUUUCUCAAUCAACUCAAAGUCAAAUUAUACAAAUCUUCACAACGUGAAAGUCCAAUACAAACAGUUACAUUGACGAAUUCACCCUUCGCAUAUUUCAAUGCAGUACCAUUGGAUAACGAAAGUUAUACAAUUCGAGUUGAUUCACCAUUAUCAACAAGUGUUUACAAUUAUAUUCAACCCGAAGUGUCAUUCACAGCGAAUCAAACUUUCUUGUUUUUUACCUUUAAUUUUCAACCACGCUUGAGAAUCUAUGAUGGUGAAAGUGGUUUGACUGGUUCCUAUUCAGCAUUUAUCAUUGCUUUAAUGAUCAUUGCCGUGAUAUUCAAAUAUGAAACAAUUCUUCCAUUCGCUCGAUCAUUUUAUGGAUACGCUCGUGAAACAUUGUUACCUAAUUUAAUUAAAAAAUCUUCAUCAGUUUUGUCAUCUACACAAACCACGGAUCAAAAUAGCAAUACAAAAUUAACAUCAAAUCUUAAUAAUGAUGUUACUUUAUCAAAUGAUACAAAACGACGAGCAAGAGUUGCUGAUUAG